AUGCCUCCUACAGGAUACCGGGGCACAAUUCACUCCGGCCCUGUGGCUCCAUAUGCUUUCACUAGCACACCACAGGUGGCCAUGAAUGCACGACCAUUCCAGCCGUCCCAUGCUGGUAGAUCUGCCUCGACGUCGGUCCUUCCGCAGCAACAACCGUUGAGUGUUACCCAACCAAGGAUACAGCCACCUCGACAUCCAUCUUCAUCAUCUGUGCCCGGUGUCCAGUCACUCGAGACCGCAGUGCCGCUCGAUUUCAGUAAGAUGCCGUCUCUUGAGCUGACACUACCUUCCUCGAUACCUACCACUUCGCCUACUGCUCAAGCUUCGCCUGCAAAGCCAUCUCCAGAUCGCUACCGCAGAGCCGUUAAACGUGUUGAUACCAAUGAUACAGGUGCCACCCGCAUCUCAAAUGCUCAGAAUGUCGGUCAACUGUACAGUCACCCUGUCCAGUCCAACAGCUCGCCUUCGUUGAAUCAAUAUCCAUCAUAUCGUGGUUCAACUUACACACAUCCCGCCCAGCAAAACAAGACCAGUGCCGAUGAUAUGCUUUUAAGCCGCUCACACAAUUCCGACCUUGCCUCUCGGUAUCGGCGGCGCAGUCUUGGAAGCAUUGAUACCGCUGGUCUGAUGCAUGGGGCUGAUGGCUCAGACACUGGAUCCCCUCACCCCAACGCUUUCUUGGUUGGCCAGCCACAGACACAGGCACAGCACCAGACAGCUCAGACGACACAGGUUCGACCAACAUCAGGACACACACAUACCGGUAGCUCAGGGAGUGCAGCGUCAUCUCGUUCUGCACGUUCGUCGAGACCUUCGUCUGCAUCGAACCAGCAGCAGAGCAAGCCUCAGUCCAUUCCACAUAUAGUCAAACAGGACGUCCGAACGCUGAACGUACGCCAAGCCGAAGUUCCGAAGAGAAAUCCUUCCCCGUUAUCGAGACCGGUCGACGGUGAUAGCCCACAACCCAAGCCUCAGGCCCAGGCGAAGCAACCGGUUCAGCCCGCCCCCAGAUCCAGCCCUGCAGCUGAGCAGCUCGCAGCUUUGACUCAAAAAGAUGCUAAGAAGUCCAAAUCUAAACUUCGACGAGCUUUCUCCUUCGGCAGCAGUGCUGAGCUACGCAAAGCCACAGAGAAGGCUUCCGAACAGCCCGUCAAUCCUGCACGUUCCACAAAGCGCAAUUCUAAGUAUGAAGAUGAAAUGGAGCCGGAGCAAGCAAGAAUUGCCGAGAAGCAGGAGGCUGCCGGUCUUGGGGAGAGCAUCUAUUCUGGGCAGGGGCGCUUCUUCACUGGGUCGACUGAUAAUCUCUCGAUCUCGUCAACGGCGUCUUCGGCCUCUAUCAUGUUGAGGAAAAUGGGCAAGGGCGUUAAGAAAGGCACUCGCUCCUUUGUCGGUCUUUUCCGACCCAAGUCAGUCGUUGGCGUACCUGCUGCUGACGGCCCCGUCAAUGAAGCUAGCGUCCCUCAAGUGUCGAUGGUGACUGUCGAAGCCGAGCGAGAGAAGGUGAAUGUUAAUGUCGAUCCCCACGACCAGGCCGGUGGCGGCACUGGCUUUCCCAAGCUCGAGCGCAACUCGAUUGACACCAAAUUGUCGAUGGAAAGUGGCACCGUCUCAAGUGACAGAUCUCGGCGGAGCAUCGUUGGUGGAGAGCGCGAGCGAGCUGAGGUCCUAGCAGCCGUGAAGCGCGGCAUUCUCAAGCGCACCGACUCUGACAAGCCUUCUCCGAGGCUCAACACAACCCGUGGAGCGGAUUUCAACCUGCCUCAGAUUCCCAAUAUGAACGACUCACCACGCUCGAGCGCUCCCAGCACGCCAAACGACGAUCCGCCUCGAUCGGGACACCGUAGAACCGACUCCAUUGCCAUCGAGGGCGAAGACCAUGACAACUACUUCGGGUCUGUUACUUCAGUCACCCGCUACGCGAGCAUGGACUCGAAGUCUGGCACGCCACUGGCUCAGGCCAUGCGCAACAUCUCCUUCAGCCCUCGCAUUCAAUUCCAUGAUACCUGGCCGAGUGGAGAGUACGAUCGUCGUGGUGACAUAGCGACUUGCAACAGGUUGACUCCCAUGCUGGCUCAGCAAAUCAAGGAGGAGUUGAACACUUUCAAAAUGGAAAUGGAAGUGCACGAGUCUUCCAAGGUCUAUACACACUUCUUCUAG